AUGGGUACCGGUGACUGGGCCGCCGCUUACGAGAAGGCGCGUGCUUUCGUCAGCCAAUUGACCCUUCUUGAGAAGGUCAAUCUCACAACCGGUACGGGAUGGAUGAGUGAGGCCUGUGUUGGCAAUGUCGGCUCUAUCCCGCGUCUCGGCUUCGACUCCCUUUGUAUGCAAGACAGCCCUCUGGGUAUCCGUUUCGCAGACUAUGUUUCUGCCUUCCCUGCUGGUGGCACUAUUGCCGCAUCGUGGGAUCGCGGCGAGUUCUACCGUCGUGGAUACCAGAUGGGCAAGGAAAAUCGUGACAAGGGUGUUGAUGUUCAUCUUGGUCCCGUUGUUGGUCCUCUUGGUCGCAACCCCAAGGGAGGUCGUAAUUGGGAAGGCUUCUCUCCCGACCCAGUCCUGUCCGGUAUUGCUGUCGCCGAAACUAUUCGCGGUAUUCAAGAUGCUGGUGUUAUCGCUUGCACGAAGCACUACAUCAUGAACGAGCAGGAGCAUUUCCGUCAACCUGGCGGCUUCGAAGAAUUGCCCUUUGUCGAUGCUCUUAGCUCGAACUUGGACGACAAAACUCUCCACGAAUUGUACCUGUGGCCCUUUGCCGACGCUGUCCGCGCCGGAACUGGAUCCAUCAUGUGUGCCUACAACAAAGUCAACAACUCCCAAGCCUGCCAGAACUCCUAUCUCCAGAAUUACAUCCUAAAGGGUGAGCUAGGAUUCCAGGGAUUCAUCUUGUCUGAUUGGGACGCUCAGCACUCCGGUGUCUCCUCGACGCUUGCCGGUCUCGACAUGACCAUGCCCGGUGACACAGACUUCAACUCUGGUGCUUCCUUCUGGGGAGCCAAUCUCACGCUGUCUAUCAUCAACGGAACGGUGCCCCAGUGGCGCCUUGACGACGCUUGCCUUCGUAUCAUGGCCGCGUACUACUACGUUGGUCGCGAUGAAGUCAGCACUCCAGUCAAUUUUGAUAGCUGGUCCCGCGAUACUUAUGGAUACUCUCAUGCCAUGGCUCGCGAAGGCUACGGUUUGAUUAACCAGCAUAUUGAUGUUCGUGCCGAUCACUUCCGUUCCAUUCGUCGCAGUGCAGCCAAAUCGACCGUUCUUCUCAAGAACAGCGGUGUUCUGCCCCUGUCAGGGAAAGAGAAGUGGACUGGUGUAUUCGGAAACGACGCGGCGGAAGGUGAGAAUGGACCCAACGGAUGCGCAGAUCGUGGCUGUAACAACGGCACCUUGGCCAUGGGUUGGGGCUCAGGGACAGCUGACUUCCCCUACCUCGUCACACCUUUGGAAGCCAUCAAGGGCGAGGUAGCUGAUCAUGGUGGCGUUGUCACGUCCGUGACUAACAACUGGGCACAAGCUCAGAUUGAGACUUUGGCCAAGCAAGUCAGCGUUGCCAUUGUCUUCGUCAACUCGGACUCUGGUGAAGGCUACAUCACCGUCGACGGUAACAUGGGUGAUCGCAACAACCUCACAUUGUGGCAAGACGGCGAGGGCCUCAUCAAGCAUGUGACUGCCAAUAACAACAACACUAUUGUUGUUAUUCACUCUGUUGGACCGGUUCUUGUCAACUCCUUCUACGACAACGAGAACGUCACCGCCGUUCUUUGGGCUGGUCUGCCUGGACAGGAGUCUGGCAAUGCCAUUGCUGACAUCUUGUACGGCCACGUCAACCCUGGUGGCAAGCUGCCUUUUACCUUUGGUAGCGAUGCUGCCGAGUACGGCCCAGACCUCAUCUACGAGCCCAUUGCCGGCGCAGCCAGCCCGCAGGACAACUUUGAUGAGGGCGUGUUCAUUGACUACCGAGCGUUUGACAAGCAGAACAUCACGCCCGUGUACGAGUUCGGUUUCGGUCUCUCCUACACCACGUUUGAGUACUCGGACAUCAAGGUCAACAAGAUUUCAGCGGGCGCUUACACACCCACCACUGGCCAAACCAGCGCUGCUCCUACCUUUGGCAAUUUCAGCACUGAUCCUGCUGACUACCAGUUCCCGGCCAGUAUCUCCCGCGUCCGCACGUACAUUUACCCUUACCUCAACUCGACCGAUCCUCGUGCCGCCUCUGGUGACACCGACUACGGAGUCAACUACACCUGGCCUGAGGGUGCGGUCGAUGGCUCACCUCAACCUCGCAUCGCUGCUGGUGGUGCUCCAGGUGGUAACCCAGAAUUGUGGGAUGUGCUCUUCACCGUUGAGGCCACCAUCACCAACAACGGCAGCCUCGCAGGUGACGAAGUUGUACAGCUGUACGUGUCCCUCGGUGGCCCAGAGGACCCCAAGAUUGUUCUCCGUGGCUUCGAUCGUCUAUCCAUUCCAGCUGGACAGAGCUCUACUUUCCACGCCGACAUUACGCGCCGCGAUGUGUCGAACUGGGAUACAGCCAGCCAGAACUGGGUGAUUUCCGAGUACCCCAAGAAGGUGUAUGUCGGUGCCAGCUCGCGCAAGUUGAUUCUUGAAGCAGACUUGGAUCUGAGCGAUUACCAGUCCUGA